AUGAGGCCGUUGUCGUUGAAAGGUCACGAUCGUGCUCUCACGCGUGUGCGCUUCAAUCGUGAAGGAGAUCUACUUAUAACUGCAGCCAAAAACAAACAGCCAUGCUUGUGGUACACAGAGAAUGGCGAACGUAUUGAAGUAGCGUUGCGCAACGACGGCGCACAGAAAGAUAAAUUUACUCCUCUCUACUCGCUAAGGAUGGUUGACUUACGACUUAUCAUGGAACCUUGGGUACAGAUUCCUAGUGUGUCGGCAGUGCUCGGAAUGCUGUUUGCAAAGAUUAUCAUCAAUCUACCUGAUUCUCACAAACGAGUUAUGAGCGGGCAAAGACACUUAAACGAGUUAUGA